CCGCUCUACAUACUACACGGUUUCGUGGUAACACCACAACUUUCGAAGUAUUAUUCUAAAUAAAAAACUAACACGACGGCCUAAAAACCUCUAUGCAGGAUUCAAGGACCGCUAGUGACGUGAAAUGGUUCCUGAAAGUGUUAUUUGACGCGCGCAUGUGUGACUGUUUGUGAUACCAAAUCUCUUGACUGAUGAUGCUCAUAUACAGAACUUUGUGCUGAACUCUGAGAUAAUUGUGCGCAUACUACAAUAUUGACGCGGCCUGCGCCGUUUGAAAAGACCAUCUCAGUGAGUUAGAGUAUUAGCGCCCGCGCAGCCAUCGACCGCCGCCUGCCCGCAUAGGAUGGUAGAAACUGACCCCGGGCCCAAGAAACCUCACAAUUGUGAUGUAAAAGGGGACAACCAGCUAAACGGACCAGGCUCCAAAAAUAUUGACCUUGGUGUCGUUCCUUCGCUGAAGACACCAGUCAAGGCUGAUCCGGAGAAGGGCUCCAAUUCGGAAAAAGCUGACUUCGAGCGAGCCAUCGAAUUAACUGGAUAUGGCCGCUUCCACUACCUGCUGCUGGCGGUCUGCGGGCUCGUCAGCACGUCGGAGGAGAUGGACGUCAUCUCCAUGUCCUUCAUCCUCCCGUCCGCGCAGUGCGACUUAGACCUCAGCACUCAGACUAAAGGAUGGCUAAACAGCAUAAUCUUCAUCGGCAUGAUGGUGGGGGCGUACGCCUGGGGCUCCGUCGCGGACUCGCUGGGCCGCAAGCGGGUGCUCAUUGCCAUCUCCGUCAUCAAUGGGCUGGCCAUCGUCUGCUCCUCAUUCAGCCAAAACUAUGAGCUGUUCAUGUUGUUCCGAUUCAUCAACGGUGCUGCGCUAGGAGGGUCGGGCCCUGUGAUCUGGUCCUACUUUGCGGAGUUCCAGCCGAAGAAGAAGCGAGGCGCCAUGUUGAGUUUCAUGGCGGCUUUCUGGACACUAGGCAACUUGUUCGUGGCCGGCCUCGCUUGGGUUAUCAUUCCUAGUGAAAUCGGCGGAGUGUCCGGUGGUUUCGUGUACAACUCGUGGCGUAUCUUCCUGCUAGUUAUGUCGCUGCCUUCCUUCCUGGUAGCGGCUCUCUUGUUUCUGCUACCAGAGUCUCCUAAGUUCCUCAUCACUACUGGACGUCAGGAGGAAGCCAUGGAAGUCUUCCGCAGUAUCUACCUCAUGAACACCGGCCGAAGCAAGGAGGAAUACCCAGUCAAGCAAAUAUUGAUAGACGAGCCGAUACACAAGAAGCCGGAGAAACAGCCCGUGGACAAGGAGCCGCAAGUCCCGAAGUCCAAGAUGAGGAGGAUGCUGAGCGAUAUAGUGGAGCACAGCAAGCAGUUGUUCGUGCCGCCAAUACUCAAGUUCACCGCGAUCUCUAUCACUAUCAACUUCACAUUCCAUAUUGGUUAUUACGGGCUUAUGAUGUGGUUCCCCGAGAUGUUCAAUCGUUUCGACGAGUGGUCUCGGACCCACGACAACGCUGAAGCGGACAUCUGCCAGGUGACGGCCUACGUCACGCAGUACGGGACGCACUCCGCCGAGCACGUGUGCGAGUCUCACAUACACUCCGAUGUGUUCAUGGAGUCCCUUAUAACGGUUUCCGCUGCGAUACCGUCGAAUAUCUUUGCCGUGUUAGGCAUGGACAGGCUUGGCAGAAAGUUCUUCUUAGUGUUUGCGACGUUCUCGGCCGGCUUGUGCUCGGCUGCGAUGUACUUCGUGUACAACAAGACCAACAACUUGAUCGUAAGCGCCAUCUUUAGCUCCGUCAUCUCUUGCGGCAACGCUUCGCUCGACUGUCUUAUCACUGAAGUCUUCCCUACUAACUUGAGAGCAACCGGAGUAGCCGUAUCUAUGGUGGCGGCUCGACUUGGCGGUAUAAUCGGUAACGUGGUGAUCGCUGCACUGCUAGACACGUACUGCCCAGCGCCGACCUUCAUCGUGGCCGUGCUGCUGGCCAGCGGCGGUCUCAUGUGCCUCUUCCUGCCCAACACCACAAGGCAAGCGUUGCAGUAAUUUCCCGCCAAAUCUCACGUCAGACGGCUACAGUACCAUAGACAAUUUUUUUCUAAUCAAUGCACAUGUAUGUUUUAUUACGCAAUUUAGAUAAGAAAAAAAUUAAUUAUUCCCUUUUCAACAUAUCCUUGGCAUAAGCAGUAGUUGACAAAGUAUGUAUCUCUUUCUGGUGCGAAUAUGUAUCUAUAAAAUCCAAGAUUGCGAAAUCUUAUGGAUGUAUUCUAACUUUGUAACACUAUUCAUAUCAUACAUGGGCUAAUUAAUUUGUAGAAAGUCUGGUAUGAGAGCGGGAAUAAAAUUACCAAAACCGCCUGACUUGUGAUCGUAAUCAAUGAUGUAACUAGUUUUUUUUCACUUUGUACAAUGUUAUAUUUAAAAGAUUAAUUUAUGAAACAAAUGAAAGUACGAAAGAUAUUAAUGUAAGUAAUAAACAAUUGACUGUUGUAGGUUGUUAUAACUUAUUUUUGUUUUGUUGAAAAAUACAAAACGGAAAUAUUGAAACGAAGUUUCCAAGCUUAGAUGAAGUAUUAUAGAAUUAAGUGUCAUUCAUUUAUUUUUGUUGUAAAGUGCAACUAUUUUCAUACUACGAAUUUAUAAAUUAGCAAUUGUUACCGUAGUGCAUAGUGUAGUUUGUAGAGAUUUAAUUUUUGCGAGUUGUGAUAUAAAUUCCUACCUAAGUGAUUGAAUGUAUAUAAUUUGAAUAUAUCGCAUUUUAUAUGUUAUCAAACCAAAUACCACAAAAUUUAUCUUCAGUUUAUGUAAAAUACCAAAAUUUUUACUAAGUAAACAAUAAUAAACUUGC